UCAACAAUAUGUGAUUAUCAAUAAUAUCUACUCAUGGUUAAAAUAUCUGCGACUACCGAUAUAAACGUGCAGUGUGUCUGCUUACAAGUCAUAUGUCUCGUGCUCUGCCGGAGACUAAUAUCGGAGAUUUGAAAAUACAAAAAAGCCAAAUUGAGGAAUGAAAAUAAUAGCUGAACGCGUGAACGAACCUUACCGGUCUUUUUUCUGAAAACCAGAACCGUUGACUGAAAAUUGUACGUGCUUCAAUCGCUUCAAUGAACGCUAGAAACAUGACGUUUCGAAAUUCCCGAACGAUCAGUCGAAAUCCUCAUUCUGAUGAAGAGAUUCCGAAAAUCUAUGAAGCUAUAAGAUUCGCACUGAAGACGAUGAUUGAUUGUGAAACAAGAUUUCUGCCUAUACUACCAUUCCACUACUUAUCACCACAAGUAUUGACUGAAGAUUGGUAGCCACCGUUGAGCCACAAGCCUGCCUAUGCUUCGAAUAUUGCGCUCAAAAGAAUGCGCCACUUGCAUGGGGACUUGACAACCACGAAUACAGAGCUGUCAGUACUACACACACGCGAUGCAGUGACGUGAAAACAGGUUAUGCUUAUCGCCUGUUACCUAUAAUCGCAUAUGUGUACUGUUAUUGUGUCAAUGAUGAGGUCUUGCACAAUAAUAUCGGGGAAAAUUAGCGAAAGUUUAUACUUGCAGUAAUACCUGCACGUUGACCUCCGAUUAUUUUUAACAAAUUUAUGUCAGUAACUAUGAAUUUUAUACGCGCCAAUCGUGAGUUGUGCACUCCGUUGUGAGGUUAACGUCAAUAUGAUCAUAUAAUUGUACAUUUGAAGUCCACAAUUACCCCCUUAAAAUUCCAAUUCGAAUCGCUGAAUGAUGUCUGAAACUUCUGAGGAUUUUAGGUUGCCAAAGGCACCAAAGGAUUUAUCAUUCAACGAGAAUGAUUUCAAUGAUAGCAACUUUAGCGUAGACCUAUUCUUGCAAGAUCACCGGAAAAAAGCGAGUCUCGAGACAAUGCGAGAUGACUUAGGUGUAUAUUUGAAGGUCUUACGAUCUGCCAUGAUCGAACUUAUCAACAAGGAUUAUGCCGAUUUUGUUAAUCUAUCAAGUAACUUGAUUGGUUUGGACAAAGCAAUUAAUAAUUUACAAGUACCUUUGGGUCAAUUACGUGAAGAAGUGAUGCAAGUGCGCCAAACUCUAGAUGAUAUGAUAAAUGAAGUUGCAAGUACUUUAAAUGAAAGAUGCCAAAUUAGAGAACGAAAACAGAGCUUACAAAGUUUAGCACAUGUUCAUGAUUCUAUUGCCAAAUUGUCCAACAUUCUUGUGAAGAAAAGUACAGCUGACCAAAAAAAAGAGGACCAGAUCAAGUUGGACUCCGACCUCCUAGAACGUGCUGCUACUGAAUUUAACCAACUCAAAUUUCACAUAUCCAGAUGUAAAACUGACCUUACAGAAGCUCGAAUCAAGAGAAGUGAUGAAAUAGGUAGAAGUUUGACAAAUAAUUUGGAUGAGAUGUUUAUAUCUAGUAUUAAGGAGAAGCAGCCAGAACUAUUGAUACGUUGUCUAAGGAUAUAUGUUACCCUGGACAAGAUAUCUGUAACAGAACAUCUCCUACAAAAAAAGUUCAUAGGCCCUUUGGUUGAAAAUGUUAUUAAUGAAACAACUCUACAAAGUGAACCUCAAGGAUUGCGUGGGAUCUACCAAAAAUUAUUAAUGAUAAUUGAUGAAGAUUUGGCACAACUUCUGACGAUCACUUUUUAUCCAGACAGACUGUCUGUAAAGGGAUUUAAUUUCAUUGUGAAUAGUUUCUGGCCGGAAAUUGAAGAAAGAAUUGAAUUACAUUUGAGUCUGAUAUUUGCUCCGGGUAAUCCUGAAUUAUUCCAUAGGAGAUACCUAGAGACGACAGAAUUUCUCACGAAACUCGAAGAAGCUUGUGUCACUCCUGAAACAUUGUCUGAAUUAAAAAACCAUCCCUCAUACCAUCGUUUCCUGUCAAAGUGGAAUUUACCAGUAUACUUUCAAAUUAGAUUUCAAGAGAUAGCUGGUGCCGUAGAAGCUGUUUUGUAUGAUGAUAUUUCACCCGCGUUGCUCAAAGAAAAUACGCCUACAAUUACUUCAAAUGAUUUUAUGCUCCUGGCCACUGAUAUCGUUUGGAAUUCAAUUUUGAAAACCUGGGCCGAUAAUAUUUUCUUGACAAAACUCUUGCAUCGGUUUUGGAAAUUGAGCAUUCAAAUAUUUUCACGUUUUCAAACUUGGUGCGAAGAGGCCGUUAAACAAAGUUGGCCAGAAGCUACCAAACCUACUUCUAGCAACAUUAUUGAAUCUGCACAUCCCAACAGAUUGCAGUUUCUGAUAUAUUUAUAUACCGACAUACAAAAAAUAAUGAAAAAUCUGCCUUACUUCUUGGAAAUUGUGUGUAAUAAAGCUCCAAAAAUGGAGCCCCCACUUAGAAAGCUACUCGAAGAUUGCCUAGGAGAAUCUGAAAGAAAUUUCCAGGCUACUCUUCCAUGCGUCGCAGAUGGAAUAAUAAAAGAACUCAUGUCUCAAAGCGCCAUUCAUUUGAAACAAGUCAGCGAUAUACCGAGGUUAUUUCGACGCACAAAUCGAGAAAUUCCUACUAAACCUUGUCCAUAUGUUAGUAAUGUGGUCGAGCCGCUGGCUAAUUUCUACACAGAAUAUAACACAGCUGUACCUGUUCUUGUCGCCAAGUUGUUGGAAUCAACCCUGUCUUCAGUAUCAGAGCAAUAUUUACUAUCAGUCACAGAUGUUUUAACGUCUGUACAAAAAACUGAAGAGAGUUUACGUCGGCUGAAAAAGAUAAGAGAUAAAUCGGUAGGAACGUCACCUUCAGAGGCUAAAGGUAUCGGCGAUGAUGAAAAGAUCCGGAUCCAAUUAGAAAUUGAUGUACAGAGUUUUCUUCAGAUGAUAGAGAAACUUGGGAUAGUUGGGACCAAUAUUCCAAAGCUGAAAGACUUGUUACAGGUAGUUCAAGAAGCGUUAAAAACGAGAAAUGAUGUUAAAUGAAAUAAGAAUCCCUCUGUGAUUUAUUUACUUACUGCUAUAGAAUGAAGACGUAAAAUACAUCAAUUGUUGAAUCCAAAA